AUGACCAUGACCGACCCCAUGAUGCUGCCCUCCUCGGUCGCCGCUCUGGUCCUCGUCGCUCUCGCCACUCUCCCCGGCCUCGUCGCCAUCCUUGACCAGCUUCGAAGCCGGGCGGUCAAGGAUCAUUUUUACGAGGACGAGGACGGAAAGAGCACCCCGGAGGCGCUUGCUGCCUUCUCCAACAAAGGACCCAAGGCUGCCGUUCUCGUCCUCGCCACGGGGGCCUUUCUCUCCAUCGCCACCGUUGCCGUCCUCACGACCGUCGACCGUCGUCAGCAUGACCUCUUCCUCGAGACCUGGCUUCUUGCCGCCACCUGGGCGGCCAUUGUCCUGCAGGCAGCCUUCCUCACCGCCCAUCACUCGCCCGUCAAGUCCCACGACCUCGGCCUCUGGGCUUUCCUCUCCUCCCUCGUCGCCGUCGUCGUCUCCGUCUUCCAGGCCGUUCACGUCUACGACAGGGUGCCCGUGGCCGACAAUGUGACGCUCCUCCUUCGCGCCGGCCAUGUCGCCCUGGCCGUCGCCCUGCUCUUCGCCAGCCUGUCCCUGCCUCGACGCCCCCAUGUCUUCUACAAGGGUGAGCAGGUCGAUCCGGAGUGGACUGUCUCCGCCAUCAGCAGGUAUACCUGGAGCUGGGCCGGCGCCUUGUUGAGGCUCGCCCGCGAGAGGGGCGACCUGGACGAGCAAAACAUCCCGAGGCCCGAUCACCACAUCAGGGCCGAGAACCUGGUCGCUGCCUGGACAAAGGCCAAUUAUCAAGGGGGCCUGAUGCGCUCCCUUCUUCGAGCCUACGGCGGACGCCUUGCCGUUCAGUGGGCCGUCACCCUGUUCCGCUGCGUCCUCGGCAUCGGCCCCUUCUGGGCCAUGCUUCGUUUGGUCCAGAAGCUCGAGAAGAAGGACCAAGUGUACACGCCCACGUCGGAGCUUUGGAUCCUAAUAUUAUGCAUGGGCUUGUUUACCUUGGCCGAGCAGUGGAUCGAUGGCUGGGUCAUGUGGUACUCCAUCACCAGAUUGUGCAUACCCAUCCGCGGACAGCUGUCCGCCCUCGUCUUUGGCAAGUCGCUGAGGCGCAAAAACGUAAAGUCCGCCGAAAAGACGGACAAGGACGACAAGUCGUCCGAGGAUGGAAAACAAAAAAAGGACGACGACAAGGGAGGCCAUGCUCUCAACGCCACCGACGAGGCAAGCGUUCUGAAAUCACGCCAGGCCAUCGUCAACCUUGUCGGCGUCGAUGCCAAGCACAUCGCCGACUUUUCCAUGAUGCAAUUUUUCAUCGUCAACAGCGUCGGCAAGCUCGUCAUUUACUCUGGCUUUCUCAUCAGGCUCAUCGGUUGGAUACCCUUCGCCGCCGGCAUCACUGCCUGGGCACUCGUCCUGCCCAUCAACGCCUGGGUCUCCAAGACGUACAUGAAAGCCGAGGACGAUCUCAUGAAGAAUCGAGACAACAAGCUGGCCGUCGUCAACGAAGCGCUGCUCGGCAUGCGCCAGAUCAAGUUUUCCGCCAUCGAAUCCCAAUGGGAGAAGAAGAUUUUGGACAUGCGAGAGGAAGAGCUUCGCACCAUCAAACGCGUCUUCACCGCCGACACCUUUCUCUUCUUCUGCUGGGUCUCCAGCCCCAUCCUCCUCGCCGCCUCCUCUCUUGCCGUCUACGCUGCCGUGCACGGCAUUCUUUCGCCCUCCAUCGCCUUCGUUAGCGUCGGCAUCUUCAAGAGCUUGGAAGUGUCUCUGUCGGCCCUUCCCGAGCUUCUCGCCGGUGGCAUGGACACCCUGGUUUCCGUCAAGAGGAUCGAAACCUACCUCAACGGCCCCGAGAUGAGAAAAUACGUGUCGCAAGGCCCGGACGUCGCCUUUGAGAACGCCACCGUUGCUUGGCCCGUAGAUGCCGACGUUCCGGACGAAGACCGCUUCAUGCUGAACAACGUCAACCUGUCCUUCCCGCGAGGGGAGCUGUCCGUCAUCUCGGGCAAGACGGGCACCGGAAAGAGUCUGCUCCUCAACGCCCUCCUCGGCGAAGCAGACCUCCUCGAGGGUUCCGUCUACGUACCCGAAACCUUGCCGCCGAUGGAGAGGAAUGACGGCAAGGCGCACCCCGGAAACUGGAUCCUGCCGGGCUCGAUCGCCUACGUGAGCCAAACCCCCUGGCUCGAGUGCGCCUCUUUCCGUGACAAUGUUCUCUUUGGCCUGCCCUUCUUGGAAGACCGCUACAACAAGGUGCUCGGUGUCUGCGCUUUGAAGAAGGACCUCGAGAUCCUCGCCGACGGGGACGGAACCGAGCUGGGCGCCAACGGGAUCAACCUCAGCGGCGGCCAGAAGUGGCGCGUCACCCUGGCCCGUGCCAUUUACUCCAGAGCCGAGAUCCUCGUCAUGGACGACAUUUUCAGCGCCGUCGACGCCCACGUUGGCCGUCAGAUUUUCGAAAAGUGUAUCGCCGGCGACAUCUGCCGCGGAAGGACCCGCAUUCUCGUCACCCACCACGUUGCCCUGGUCUCGGCAAAGGCCAAAUACCUUGUUGAGCUCGGGGAGGGAACUGUGCUGCACGCCGGCUUGACGUCUGAACUUGCCGAAGAUGGGACGCUCGCGAGGAUCAAGAGUCACGAACAAACCGCGGCUCAAAUCCAGGCCGACGAGGCGGCCGACGGCGCGACGGCCGUGGACUCGGAAGGAUCCUCCAUUGUACGGCCGGCCGAUGCCGAGGACACGGGGAAUACCUUGCAAAAGGUGCCUUCUAAAGGCGCAAAGAAGUUUGUCGAGGCCGAAACGCGACACAAGGGCAUGGUGAAGAGGCAUGUGUACGCGACGUACAUGAAGAGCAGCGGUGGUUGGUUCUUUUGGAUGAUUUGCGCCGUCUUUUACAUUUCCUACGAAGCGGGAAACCUAGGCCGCAAUUGGUGGCUGCGUAUCUGGACGGAUGACCAGCAGGACGUGUCUGCUCGCGAUGGCGGCAUGGCGUACGGAAUCUCUCUGCAGCACAGCACCCUCCAUGCCGCUGCCGUCACCCCCGUCUCUUCGCAGGACCACAAGCCUCUCUCCUUCUAUCUGGGUGUUUACGUUGCCCUGUCGGCGGCGAGUGCCAUCGUCGGGACGGUGCGCUUCCUGUGGACCUUUGUCAUGAGCAUCAAGGCCAGCAGGUUGCUCUUCCAGAAGAUUCUGUUCACCGUGCUGCGCACGAAGCUCCGGUGGAUCGACACAGUCCCGGUUGGACGUAUCCUGAACCGCCUGACGGCCGAUUUCGACACCAUAGACAACCGCCUCACCAUGAACAUGGGCAUCAUGUUCUGGCGCGUCCUGGGUCUCAUGGGGGUUUGCGUCGCCGGCAUCUUGGUUUCGGUGUACAUCCUGCCGCUGGCCUUUGUGCUGAUAUGCGUUGCUGGCUUUGUCGGCAUGCGAUUCUUGGAUGGUGCGAGACCAAUCAAGCGGCUCGAAAGCACCGCCAAGUCCCCCGUCUUCGAGCUUUUCAACGCUGCCCUCUCUGGCGUGUCGACGCUCAGGGCCUUCCAGAAGGGCCAAGUCUACAUCGACCGCAUGCAUGGUUCCCUGGACAUUUGGGACAACCUCAGCGUGUACAAUUGGACGAUGAACCGUUGGCUCGGCUUCCGCAUGGCGCUCAUCGGCACUCUCUUCACCACCCUCGUCGGUGUCCUUGUCGUGGGAUCAUCGUUUGUCGACGCUGCCAUGGCCGGCUUCACCUUGUCGUUUGCUCUCGAUUUCUCCGGCAACAUGCUCAUGGCCGUUCGCGGCUACGCAAGCCUGGAGCUUGAUAUGAAUGCUGCCGAGCGUGUGAUAGAGUACACGGAACUGGACACCGAAGACCAGUCCGGAGCCGAGCCCCCCGCGGCCUGGCCAACGUCAGGCAACGUGGAGGUGAAGGAUCUGGUGGCCGCGUACGCGUCGCAUCUUCCCCCGGUGUUGAACGGAGUGUCGUUCAAUGUCAGAAAUAACGAGAGGAUUGGCGUCAUUGGGCGCACGGGCGCUGGCAAAUCGUCACUGACAUUGGCCCUCUUUCGAUUCUUGGAGGCUCGCUCCGGUCAGGUAUUCAUCGACGGGCUCGACAUUUCCAAGGUAAACCUGCACAGUUUGCGAUCUCGCCUCGCCAUCAUUCCUCAGGAUCCCGUUCUCUUCUCGGGCACCAUCCGAAGUAAUCUGGACCCUUUCCACGAGCACACGGACGAGGAGCUUCGCGACUGCCUGUCUCGCGUCCACCUUGUCGACUCCGAGCCUGCGACACCGGAAAAUGAGGUUGCAUCCGACUCUACGCCCAGCUCCACAAUCGUUCCAAAGAACAUCAACAUCUUCCGUGACCUCAGCAGCGGCAUCUCGGAGUCCGGUGGUAAUUUGUCGCAGGGCCAACGCCAGCUUCUCUGCAUCGCUCGUGCCAUCGUCGCCCGCCCCAAGAUUAUGGUUCUGGACGAGGCCACGUCGGCGGUAGACAUGGCGACGGAUGCGCUCAUUCAGCGGAGCAUCCGCGAGGAGUUCAACGACAGCACCCUGCUCGUCAUCGCUCAUCGCCUCAGCACCAUUGCCGACUUUGACCGCAUCCUCGUCCUCAGCGAAGGAAGGGUUGCCGAGUUUGGUACGCCCCGCGAGCUGUGGGAGAAGGAGGGCGGCCUUUUCCGUGACAUGUGCGAGCACAGCGGCGAGUUGGAGAAGCUCAAGCAGGCGGUGCUCCAUCAUCCGUAG